UAAUGAGGCACACAGAGACAGCAUUCGUAGACAGACAGAUAGAUGUUUCUCUGUAUCCUUGGAAGAUGCCUCCGCAGCCAUUCCUCUGACCUUGAAUGACCUCAAGCCACUGCAGCUAAUCUUUUUUUUUCCAACUGAGCAGCUCGACAUGCAGACAGACUGGCAGAGAAACAAAAUGAAAACACCAUCAGGGUGAGAGAUACGGAUGUACUUUCCUUAGAAGGUUAACUUAAAGACAGUUAAUGAAGUUGGUUAUUCAUGUUCUAGUUACCUGAAGUAACAGGGAUUUCCAGGGAAAGCUUUUGUGCAUGGCGUCUUACUGACACGACAGUGAUGAAACAGAAAUAUUAAGUGGAUAUCCCACUGGCUGACUGUAGCAGACUUCUGAAGACUACCACGCGACGAUGGACGGGACGACGGAGAGCUUGAAUAUUCUUUACAAGGAGGAUGACGGGACCGUGUUAUUUGAGUCGUAUAUACCUCCAUCUCGGGACGCCAUCCACCUGCCUAAAUAUGUCCUCUACCUGCUCAUGGCUGUCUUCAUCUUGCUGGCUGUUCUUUAUGCCAUCAUAGGGCACCUCAUCAAGGACCUCUUCCACGACUGUGCAGAUUGGAUGCUUGGAGAACAGCCUGAGGAAGUGGUGGUAAACUAUUGUGAGGCAAAGGAUAAGUUUGUGGCUGACUGGUGCCCGGAGACCUCGCCUGAACUGGAGGCGAUGGCUCGGGCUGAGGAGAACAAGAACGUUGACAGGGACUUCAUUAAAGCCCCUGCCAUCUGGAUCAUCUCCACCGAGCCUCAGGUGUCCAGGACAGGACCCCGAGUGGCUUUUGGGAGGAGUACUCAGUGAAGAAAUGAAUGAGGAGGAUCGCAUUUUUUUCAAAGACUUGUUGUUAUCUUAUUUGCUUAAUCUGUGAUAAAUACAUUAUUCCUGUGAGAUUUUUCUAUUGUGUAAUGAUGGUCAGGUUAUUCCGCUCAUGUUGGGGCUAAAGCUUGGUCUUAGAAGGACAUCUAGUGUUGGUUGUGGUAACUGAUUUACAACAGCACAGUAAUCAUACUGUAGUAUAUACACACACACACACACACACAGUGAGCAGUCUUUGCCAUUACAUCUCAGAUUAUUUCAAAUCUCAUCACAAUCUUGCAUAAAUAUGUGUAAUGUACAUCUGUACAGUAUGUCUCUGUAGCAUCUAUUCAUGCUCAUCCUAAGAAUGAAUAUGCACAGUUGUAAAAAUCAGUACAAUUAUAUACAAUACGGUUAGAAAUACUGCACUAAAACAAACAUAAAAGGAAAAACAAACCCAUUUAGCUAAUGUCAUAAUAAUAAUAAUAAUAAUAAUAAUACAAUACUUAAUUUUAUAUACAUAUGUAGCAUGGAUGAAUCCAUUACACAUAUUCAUGGGUCAAAUGUAUGAAUAUAAAACAUGUGUAAUAAUAUAUUUUAAAUAUAUCAAAUGUCCACAUGUUGCACAUCAGAUUGUUUUACCAGCAUUUUGGAAUGAUUCUUUAAAGAUGUCACACUAGAGGACGUGUCUGUACAAUAUCAUUUAUAAAUGCAGUAGCAUAGAAUGAUGAAAAGAUAUUAAACUGAUAUUGAUUUUAAUCACAGUAUAAUAAUGAUGACAAUA